AUGUUUCAGUGCCUUGGGUUGGGUACGGUCGAAACCGGUGGUUGUGGUGAGGAUUGGUGGCAUCCGGAGUGCCUGAUCGGUUUACCAAGGGACUGGUAUAAAAAAGCGAAAGCUGCGACGGCGGAUGUCGAAACCACGAAGCAGGAUAGUGGGGCGGAUGACAAUGACGAUGAGGAUACGCCUCUGCCCCCGGGAUUCCCGGCUGAAGAUGAAUUUGAGACAUUCUUGUGUUACAAGUGUGUCGAAUCUAAUCCGUGGUUGAAGCGAUACGCAGGAACACCGGGGUUCCUUCCAGCAGUCUAUAAGGAGGGCGGACUGUACAAAGGCUUGGAAGAGCAGCGCACAGCCACAGAGCCUUCGAAUGUAUCUUCCGAUCCGUUGACCAACACUAAGAAACGCAAGGCGGACGACGAUGACACGACAGAAACAAAGGAGACAAAUGAGCCAGCUGCAAAGCGGACACAGUCAGAGCUCGAUGGCGAACAGACCCCCACAGAACCAAAGCCAGAGACUACCCAGCCCGAACCCGCCAAACCCAAGCACGAUUCCCUCUCUAACCCACCCCCAUCUGGAACAUUUUCCCUCUUCCUCAAAGAAGACUUCCGCGAGCACUUCUGCCGCUGCCCGGAAUGUUUCCCUAACCUAGCCAAAUACCCCCAACUCCGCGAAGAGGAGGAAACAUACGAGCCCCCUCUCUCGGAUGAUGGCGAAGCCAACGGCGGAGGCAGCACCGGAACAGGCAGUCUCUACGACCGCGGCGAGGCAGCCCUGAGUAACAUCGACCGUGUCCGGGCUAUCGAGGGUGCGAUGGUGUACAACCACCUCCGCGAUAAAGUGAAGGAGUUCCUGAAGCCAUUUGCGGAGUCCGGCACCGCUGUCAGCGCGGAGGAUAUCAAGGCCUACUUUGAGAAGUUGCGUGGUGAUGAGCAGCCGAUCAAGGAUGCUGCUGCUGGUCAGGCCUCCGCUUCUUCCAGGAAUGGCGGUAACGAAAAGGACGAGGGAGGAGAUGGUCGGAAAGAACAAAGUGGUAUGUCUGGUUCGAAAUUGUCUGUCGCCUCGGGUUUUGUUGCUGACUCGGAGCAGGUUAUUGAGAUGACGUCGUCUUUUUCGGCUGAAGAUUAA